AUGAGAAGAUUGUUUGCAACCCUGCUGGUUUAUUCAUGCCCCAAUGAUCCGCCAGCAUUGUGGACUAAAUUUGAAGAUGUUAUGUCUGAAGAUUUUCUUAGAUGCAAAACCUUAAUAGCAAGCCAAGUUAGGACAAAGGUACUUGAUCAAAUAAAUGGCUUCUUACAAUCUAUGGGGAAAACCAUUUCUUCAUUCAACUUGUACCCCUAUGAUUUCUCAAUGGAUGAUAUGGAAAGUCAGACAAGAGAGUUAAAUGUGGAAAGAAACAUAAUUGUUGCAGUAGCUAAUUUGGAUGCUUGUAUUCCGUUGAAUCAAAAGCAAAAAGAACCAUUUAAUGUCAUUUGUGAAAAAGUUUACAACAACAAAAGUGGUGCUUUCUUCAUUGAUGGUCCAGGGAGUACCGGAAAAACUUUUUUAUAUCGUGCAUUACUCGCUGAUAUAAGGUCAAAAGGUCAUAUUGUACUUACUACCGCAACAUCUGGCAUAGCUGCUUCAAUCCUUCCUGGAGGAAGAACAGCUCACUUACGAUUCAAAAUCCCAAUAGAUAUUUCUAAUGGAGGAACUUGUCGCAUCAGUAAGCAAAGCUCUCUAACAACUUUGAUCAGAGAAUCAAAGUUGAUCAUUUGGGAUGAGGCUCCAAUGUGUAAACGAGCAGCUAUUGAAGCAUUGGAUGAUCUGCUUAAAAACAUCAUGAACUCAAAUGAAAUUUUUGGAGGAAAGGUAGUGGUUUUUGGAGGAGAUUUUAGGCAAACAUUACUGAUUGUUCAUAGUGGAACUAAGGCUGAAACAGUUAAUGCUUGCUUGAUUAAUUCUCUCUUGUGGCCCUGCCUGCAAAAGUUACAAUUAACUAAAAACAUGAGAGCAAAAUUAGAUCCAUUGUUUACACAAAUUCUAUUGAAAAUAGGAGAUGGUUUAGAACAGGCAGACAGCGGUGAUUCAGUUGUUAUACCAUCUUCAAUUUUGAUCAAGUACACCAAUGAGGUUGAUUCACUUGAAAGACUAAUAGAUGCUGUCUAUCCUGAUAUUAACAGUAUAUCAGAAAAUGCAACUUUGUCUUUGAACAGAGCAAUACUGACAACAAAAAACUACUUUGUUGAUGAAAUCAAUGAUCUGAUGAUAGAAAAGUUUCCAGGAGAAAGCAUUGAAUAUAUCAGUUUUGAUCAAACAGUUGACCCAAAUCAUCAGGCUGAGUAUGUUAAUUUCCUUAACACAUUAAGUCCAAGUGGUUUACCUCCUCACAGGCUUGUGCUUAGGCCACAUGAACCAAUAAUUUUGUUACGAAAUCUUGAUCCAACUGAAGGGCUAUGCAAUGGAACAAGACUAAUCUGCAAGUCUUUGACUAAAAAUGUCAUUCAUGCACAGAUAGCAGUUGGUCACUUUACUAGCAAAAAAGUCUUCAUACAUAGGAUUCCUUUGCAACCUACAAAUGAUGAGCAAUACCUUGUUCCUUACAAAAGGACUCAGUUUCCUGUUCGUUUAUGUUUUGCUAUGACUAUCAACAAAUCUCAAGGACAAACACUUGAUUUUGUUGGUCUGUAUUUGAAGGAACCUGUGUUCUCCCACGGACAAUUAUAUGUUGCUUUGUCCCAUGCAAGAACAUCAAAUGCUGCUCGAGUUUUGAUUAAACCAGAGUAUUUUAGCUCAAAUGAUAUUGAUUGCACAAAAAAUAUAGUUUAUAGAGAAAUAUUUGACCAAUCUUGUUAUCUAUCUAAAAGUAAAUAUCCAACUUUACUUGCUGCCUUUUUUCUGUGA